UGGGGCGAGUCGGGUCGGGGAGUACCCUAGUACUUAGUCUGACUGACGAAACGAACGGACUUUCAACUUGGUAGUUGGAAGAGAAGGGGAUCUACAGCUCAGCUUGCUACGAGUCUCAGUGUCAAUGGCAGGGCCAGGGAGUUCCAUGCUUUAUUCUUUUCUUCUAUUCAUAGUCAUCCUCUCGCUUCAAGAAGUGUAUAGAGGGAAGUUAGCAUCGUCGGAGCUAUUCACCAUACUCGGGGGGUUCACCAGUUCUCUUAUAUUUCUUGUGCUGCUGACAUUCAUUGGAAAUUUCCAGGAAACAUGUGGCAUGAGGACUGGGUGGGGUGCUGUCAUAAUAGCAGAAGCAGUGGCUCUGAUUGCUGCUAGCACGGUCCAUCGAGUUUGUAUAACGACAUGUUUCCUGUUCUCAGUUGGAUUGCUAUAUGAGCUCAACAAGCUUUCUGGGAUGAUACUAUUGAAAAGUGAUUCUAAAACGAAGAGGCUCUGAGUGGGGAAAUAAACUUAUUAUGAGCUGCCAUUUGAGCUUUGUUGUUACUCUUCGUUUUUAAGUAUCAUAUAGACAUUGCCCAAAAGGACAAAUGAGUAUUAUUUAGAGUUGUAUGAGAUAUUUGUCAACAAUGAUUGUUAUUGGCUCAUUGCUGCCAAGAGAUUUUGGGACAAAACUUUACCAUUGGUGGUAGAAGUAUAGAUCGUUUGAUGAGGUUGAUAAUGGAGUUACUUAUUAUAGGCUUAUUAAUAACUUAAUUAACCUUUGUAACCAA